AUGUCGCGUCUGGACAAUAUGGAAGCAUUAGAGAAACAAUUAGCCGAAUUACAAAUGACUAAGGAAUUGCAUUCUGGACGUAUAAAGAAAGUGCCACCAGCUGUGCCUCCAAAGAAAAAGGGUCAACCUCAAGUUCCUCACAGUGCCUCGGUCAAUAGUUAUUGUGAGCCAUCGUUCUCCUUAAAUAUUUCUUCUCUAAACAGCAAUGUCCCUCUGCCACCACCACCACCGCCGCCGCCGCCGCCAUCAUAUAACGUAAUGCGACAUGCCAGCAGUAUUCACAUGCCACACACAGAUUAUGCCAAUCUAACACCGCUUACUUUACCUAAUGUUUCGUUCAAAAAUAAUGUCCCUUUGCCCUCAAAUGUUUACAAUCCAACUUAUAGUAAUACACCACCAUAUCAAAGUGCAAAUCCUCCUCCACCUCCACCACCCCCACCUGUUCAUUUAACUCCACCUAAAAGAUUUGAUCCUAAUCACAAUGAGGAAUAUUUGCCCCCGCCAUCACCAGUCAGUUCUAAUUACAGUGAAUUGGCUAGAGCUACAGCUAACAUCAAUUUUAAUCAAGAUAGGCAAUAUCCUCAUAUUUAUCAAAAUGAGUAUCCUGAAUAUAAUGCAUCUCAAGCUUCCACCUAUGAGUCACUGUAUGAGCCGAUAAGUACAUUAAGUAGUAAGCCAGCCAUUAAUGAAUCAAACUUCAAGCACAAUGUAGUUGGAGGAAAAUCACCCCUACCAAAGGAGCAAGAAGUUGAUGCUUUAACUGAUCUUCUCGUCCAAUCCAUAUCUGACAGCCAAGAUUUGGAUGUAUUUGGAACAUGUGUUAAAUGCAAUCAGAGGGUUGUUGGGGAAAGUUCAGGUUGUAAAGCUAUGGGUAAUAUGUACCAUGUUGAAUGUUUCUGUUGUGAAUGCUGCAAUACAAAUUUGCAGGGAAAGCCAUUUUAUGCAGUUGAAGGUCAACCUUUUUGUGAAACUGACUAUUAUCAAACAUUAGAGAAGUGUUCUGUUUGUGAUGAGCCUAUAUUGGAUAGGAUACUUAGAGCAACUGGAAAACCAUAUCAUCCUACUUGCUUCACCUGUGUGGUUUGUCAGAAAAGACUUGAUGGUAUACCAUUCACUGUAGAUGCUAUGAAUCAAAUUCAUUGCAUUGAAGAUUUUCAUAAGAAAUUUGCUCCUCGUUGUUGUGUCUGCGAGCAACCAAUUAUGCCUGACAAAGGUGAAGAAGAAACUGUUCGUGUAGUGGCGCUGGAUCGUAAUUUUCAUGUUGUCUGUUACAAUUGUGAAGAUUGUGGUCUUCGUUUGUCUUCGGAAGCUGAAGGCAGAGGUUGCUACCCUUUAGAUGGUCAUAUUUUAUGCAAAGCAUGUAAUGCUCACAGAAUCCGUCUUCUAACUAAUGUUAUGACAACUGAUUUAUAA